AUGUCCAAUAAAGACAUUUAAAAACUGCAAUCUCUAUUUCAAAUAAACAACAGUGUCGUUUAAGAGUAUUUGGGAAUUAGGUUGAUAAAUUAAACUCUUAUUGACUAGUUGGUGAAUAGUGAUAGUGCUGGUGAGAUUCAGAAAAUCAAAAAGAUCGAGGGCUGCAAAGAUUGGGACAAAUUGAAACAUAAACUGUUAGCCUACUUUGUGGCUUCUCAAUUAACUUAUGGCAAACCUAUUCACAAAUACAUCCAAUAAGCAUACGAGGACUUUCUCAUUAAAUACCACAUUUUCUAUGAGGGCUUAAUCGAAUUUCAAACUUGCUCCAUGUUGAACCAAUAUCUCCUACUAAAAUAGAAAUUACUUAAAGACGAUUGCAAUCUCAAAUGGGAAUUUCGUAAAUUAAUAAACAUGCUCAUUUGGAAGACCAAUCAAUUGCAUUUUCUAAUUCGAAUCAUCAUCGGUUACAUAGGCUAUGUCAAAAUAAGCAAACAAAUUGGCAAUGUGGAGAGAGUCUUCGAACAAAUAGCCAAGCUAAUUGAGAAAUCCCUCAAAAAGGGAGCCAAUUACAACCAUCUAUUAUUCAAAAUGGAUGUCGAAUUGUUCUCCUCCUAUUGGAAUAAAAUAAUCCAAGUCAGUAACAACGACACCAAUGCCAUCAUCUUGAUUCAAUUGUUACAAUAGUCUCAAUUCUACUUCAACGAUUAUAAGUUUCAGAGUGAUAUUAUAAAGACACUGCAAGCAAUUCAGUAAGCUAAGUUCUCCAUCAAUUCCCAGUCAUAAGUAAAUGAAGAGACCAAACCCAAAGGCUAAAUUAGGAAACCCAUUCUGUAGAUUAAUAACUUGAUGCCCUAAGAAGUUCCUAAGGAAUCGACAAAAAGUACCAAGAGGUAUUCGGAAUUGGGGAAAAUUGUGAAAACAGAACAAACUCUAACGUCAGCUACAAGCAAAAGAAUAAUCAAGGCUUCUGCCUCUAAACUCCUCAAUUCUCAAUAUCAACACAUUGAAGAGGAUCCCAUAUUCUAAAUCCAAGUUGAAAAUUACCACAUUAACAAGAUUGUUAGAAAAGGAUGCUUUAAAAUCUAAAAACCAGUGACCUUGUCUACAUGCACUUAUACAAAACACAGACUUCUGCAUAAGAAGAUUUACCAUUACUUACCUUCCAAGACUUCGAAACUACCCUCCCCUGUCAAACCAGCUACUGAAUCAGACCAUAAGAUUUCCGGCAAGGAUCACAGCAUUACACAUUCCUAAUCAUCUCAAGGGAAAAUUGAUAAGUUGAACAAUCUCAGUAAUCCCUAUAAACUGAAGAACCUGAUUAGUUCUAGAUUCCAGUAAAUCCUAGACAUAGCCUAAUUGAGUGCCUCCUCAACACCCAGGAAUGCUGAUCUAGGUAAAUCGAUUAGAAGAUAAAAAACAAUAUCAAUCAAAAAAGAACACAAGGAAUUUCAAUUAUAACCACAAUAACUCUCAAUUCCCUUGUUACAACAAAUACCUUCGUAAAAAGAUCCAGAUCCAUAGACUUCAGAAAGAAGAAGGAGUGGGAUGGUCGUGAGUUCACCUGAUGCUGCUUCUCAAAUUAGUCAAGCCAUCCAAAAAUCUAGUCUUGUUGAGAGUAUCCCCACAAAAUCGUAGAUUAUAAUUGCAAUACCAGUCUAAUAACAGCAACAAUAGAACUAAUAGCAAACACAACAGCAGAAUCCUAAACGACCUCAAAGAAGGAAUAUCUUGGCUUUAAGGACUGCCACUACCUUAUUUAUGGAAUAAUCCAAUACUUACAUCCCAAAGUUUUAAUUUUCAUUGUGUUAUCACAGUCGAACUAUAUAGUGGUCAUGUUUUCUAUAAAUAGCAUCAUCAGAUAACAUUCUUAUAGCUUUCUAGGAUACAACAAAUAACAAAAUAGUUUAUAGGGCUCAAUUGUAGAAUUUAUAGAUUGAUAAUAUCAAAAAUUGGGCGCAAAUAAUUGAAGUCUUUAUUAAGGAGUACCAAUCAUAAGCUUCUCAAUGCUUGCCCUAUUUGCGUUAUAAUGAAAUAAUGAGCAAUAGGAAUGGUGAUAACUACAAUUUUAUUAUGUUUCCCAAGUAUUAGUUCGAACUAACCAAAAAUGAAAUAGAAUAAAUGGGUAUUAUGAAGGAUUUGUUUAGAUGGAUGUAUACAACUUAUUUAUAUGAAUAAAUCAACAUCACUGGGAUCAGAUUGAAGUUGUAUUCAGUCGAAAAAGACAAAACUCUGAAUGCAUACAGAGAAUUAAUCAAUGUGGUCAAUCUUUAUAGAAGAAUGAUCAUCUAAUCGACCCUGUGUGAUGAGAAGGAGAAAUUCCACUUGCUAAUUCUAAGUUAUGGAGAGUGUAUUAAGAAUAACAUCAUUCUUUUGAAUAGGAUACUCAAUUUUAAGAUAAACAAACAAAAGGAUUAGUAAUAUAUGAUUCACAAGCAGUUGGUGAGUCUUAGAAACCUAAGUUUGACAAAUGAUGAAGACAACAUAUUUUUCAUAAUUAAAGUGAGCAUUAUAUUUUAGAAAGAGAACAUCUUGUACUAUAAGAAGAAUGACUAUCACACCAAGUACUAGGUGGAUGUAUUGUUCGAGGCAAUCAACAGUCCAGUAAAGAUUAAACCUUUGAGAUUGUAAUUUGAUGCCAUAGAAAAGAUCUUAGAAAAGAGAUAUCACAAUAAUUUAAAGCAGAUAAUAAAUUAAAUAUUUUUCUCAUAAAGGAAAUGCUGGCACAUGUUCUAUGAAUUCAUAGAUCAAAAGUUGAUGAUCAAUGAAUAGAAGUAACUUUAAGUUAAGAUGAAUAUAUUUUCAUUGCAUGAUGCUUAGAAAAUGGAGGCUUGUGGGAUGAAAUUAGGGUUUCUCAUAGAUUUGCAGACUAAAGUGAAGCCCUUUGCGAUUACUGAAAUAGAAAGAUACAUCUAUGAUGAUACCUAAAAGAAGUUAGACUAUCAAUCCAAAUCAUAGACUAUCCACAAUAGAGAGCAUAUGUUCGAUAAACACUUUGCUCAAAUAUUCGGUGAAGACAUUACGAAUAAUGAAUAACAGCAUUUUCAUCAAACCACCUUGAUUGAUUUAGUGAAAAGGUACUAACCAAACAUCAAUGCAGAAGCUAAACAAGAGAUCAUUACAAAAAAGGUUGGUCCCAUCGUAAUUUAUUAAGAAAAUCCAUUUACUGAUGUGCAUAUUGAUGAUUUGGAAAAAUUGGAGUCUUAAUUUUUUAGCAAGUAAAAUCUAAAGCUAGACAGAAUCUAAAAGUAUAGAAUCCAAUUGAAACAUCUUUCCAUCCAAAUAUCCAUGGCUCAAAAAUAGAUAAUAUUGAUUUACCAUUAUAAUUAAAGAUUGCAAAGGUUUCGGAUUAGUCCUUUUGAUGAAGAGGAUAACUUAAUAUCCAAUAUUGUAUAACUUAUUCAAAAUGGCCCUACUUGUUGGAUCGUCUAAAUGCUAUAUAAGAAAAUAAGUCAGAGAAGUUUAAAGCAAUCAUUCAUUAGCUCCUAAUUAUCAGAUGGGUUAGAGUUACUGAAAUAUAAGAAAUCAAAAAGUUAAUUGGCUGAGAUUCCUUCUUAUAAUGUGCUGCAUUAUUAUAUCUUAAACAAUUACAUGGUACUAUUAAAAUAUUUUACUCUUAAAUAAUUCGUAAUAGUUCAGAAGAUUAAGAAUUACGGAAAAUACUAGAUAACUAUUAAGGUGUUCUUUAGAUGUCAAAAACCAGACAUUUUGGCUGAGAAUGAUUACUUUUUGAUGAGAAUAGACUUCUAAAAUAUCAUGUUAAAGACUGGAAUGAUGAAAAUGAUCUUUAAUAAGUACGAUAUCACAGAAAUGUUAAAGAUUGAGAUACCAUAUAAUAUGACAGAUGCAAAUAUAGUGCAAACUGCCAUGAACAUAUUUCAGAAAUGUCACUUAGGAACAUUCACAUUAAGCAAUGUUCCAUUUUUUGCAGUCUCUCAAGAUGAUUUGAAAUAAAACGAAAGUUAAAUUACACAUAAUUCCUAUGAAGAUCAUUCUACUAAAAUUAAUGUUCAAUAAAUCAGAAGAAUCGGCAAUUUCCCUGAAAACACGACUUUCAAGAAAUCUGAUCUCUGCAAAGGAUUCUUAGAACAUUACAUAAAGAACAGUAGAUUAAUUGUUACUCACAUCAAAAAGUCUUACUUGAUUCAUUCAAUAUCAACUGGAUAAUUGAUUAAAAUAUCAAACAACAAGGUUACUUAAUUAUUGAAUGAUUAACAAUAAAUAAUUGAUUAUGUUUUAAUCCAAAUUUACAGACAUCUGCUAUUGGACAUAUGGAUUAUCAAGGUGUACGUUCCAAAAACAACAAGAUAAAUGGUAGGAUUGUUGAGAUCUGAAGAUUUUAAGGAGAAUGAUGGCAAGGAUUUAAUGGAUAGUAUCAUGAUAUACAAGAAGUAAGCUGUCUUAAGUUUCAAGGAUUUAGACUCCUUCACAGAUUUCACACCAAGAUAGAGUGUGAAUAUGUAGAAGUCAAAUCAUCGAUUGAGCUAACCGAGGAUAUCAUAAUUUCAUUCUCCAGCUGUCUCAAGUAUCUAGGCUUAGAAUUAAUUGGCUCAAUCUUAAGUUACGCCUUACUAUCUAAAUGAUUUCUUCUAUAUCACUAAAUUGGUGACUGAAUUCACAGAGUACCGCUUGGAGAACGGAAAUAAGGAAUAGUACAUUAUAAAGGAGAAGCUGAUUUGGGUCAAUAUCAUUAACAAUAAUUUCUCAUUAGAACAACACCCCAAGCAAUAAAAUUGUUUUUUGUCUUUAAUGUUUGAUCAGAAAGAGAUAAACUUAUAAGAACUCCUCUUUUAACGUUACAUCAGAAUUGAACGAGUUGGUGAAUCCCACAUUGAGUUCUACAUGAAGUAUACUUAAAAGGCUGAUCAAUUAAAGGGUAUCGCACUUCUUAAAGGGAAAAUAAAUCAAUUGCAUUUGCAUAAUAGCAAAUUUCCGAGUAUAAUCAGCGAAGCUAAAUUGAAUGAAGAAUAGAUUAAAUUCUUGAAACGUACCUGCAUCUUCUUUCCCUUUGAUGCCAUUAGCUAUGCUAACACAUCCAAUUUCAACAUUGAAUUGAAGUAUUUCUCGUAUAAUAAAUUUACUGAAGUCAAAGAACAAAUAAAUUUGAGGGAAUUACUUAAUUUAUAUAUAGCUGAUGGCUUUUACAAAUACCAAACUAAUUAUAUGAAUUCUAAGCUGAAUCAUUCAGACAUUAUCAGCAUUUGUUAUUAUAUGAUACAUAAAAUUAAGACUUAAAAUUUCUUAAAUUUGAGUCAAUAUCAUACGAUUCCCAAUUUAAACCAAUUAAAAACGUAGAAAUAAUCUAAUAAGAUACAGAAACCAAUUAGACUAUAAAUAAGGACCUUCAAAAAACCAAAUAUUUUCAUAAUCUCACUACUCUACAAUGAAGUUUAAGUUUGUUGUACAAAUUGGAAGACCUGCACACAAAUGAAUGAUCUCAUUUCAAACAUCUGGUAGACAAUGAACCUAGAAUAGCAUUACAAAGGAUUGCAAAAAUAAUUGAUAAAUUAAUGA